AUGGCAUCAUCAUCAUCAUCAUCGGCACCGACCACCGCGGGCAUCGAACCAUUAAAAUUUAAAACCCAAUUUUUUGGUCAUUUAAAAAUUGCUGGAGAAAUAUUUGAAAAUCGUAUAGCACGUCCCUUACUAGCAUUUGGCCGAGAAUUUCGUCGACCGUUAUCAACUGAUCGAAAUGAAAAUUUAACAUCUAAAAAAUCUAUUGAUAAUAAUGUUGAAAUAAAUGAACCUAUUACCAAUAUGUCUACUUUAAUCGAAACAAAUAACUCUAAUAAUUCAUUGAUAUCUGAUCAUCAUAAAGUAUGUGACAUUAGAGAUGAUAAUACAGUUGAUAAUAGUACAUCAUCAUCGACUGUAAAUUCAGUGCAAACAACAGCCGGUAAUAUUUUUAAUAGUAUCAUACAUACAUUAUCACCAAAGACAAAUAGACGAAAAUCUGAACUUCUUGACAAACCUCGUCAAACUACUUGUCGUAGUUCAUCAAUUUGUACAACGGCAAGAACAGAACGUUUAAAUCAAUAUCAGAGAAAAUCAAAAUGUGUUUCAUUUGCUGAAGAUUUAGAUAUGAAUAAUGACAAUAUUAUUGAUGAUCAUACAAAAAUUAUUAAAAGUGCUCAUUCAAUUGCCGAUAAAAUACUUAAUUCAAGUUUGGAUAUAUUAACCUAUACACCAUCGGAUGUUCAACAGAAUAAUAUCAAUCAACAAUCAACAUCAUCCUCUUUAUCUUAUUUAUCUUCAUUACCAACUACAUCUAAUAAUGACAAUGAUUUCAGUAUGUCAUUUCUUCGUUCAAUUCGUCGUCCAUCGUUACUCGAGAACGAAGAACUUUAUUUUCAAGAUCUUAGUGCUGAAAUUGUAAAUUAUGUUUUGAAACAUGCUAUCAAAGUAUUAAAACAAGAACAAUUAAAUUUGAAAAAUAAUCAAAAUAAUGUUGAAAAUCAUUCACAAUUUAUUAUUUCAAAUAUCAAAUCAAAUGAAGAUGAUGAUGAUGAAAAUGAACUGAUUGAUCUCAAAUAA